AUGAAGAAAUCAUCAUCGUAUAAUCUCAUUUUCUUCAUCGUCUUGAUGAGUUUUGGUUUCAAAUUAUCAUUAGCUUUCACGAAUCUAAAUAGCUUAAGCUUUGAAGAAUCUCUUUCUCCUCUCUUUGGUGAUUCCAAUCUCGUACGUUCUCCUGAUGAUCUCUCCGUUCGCCUCCUCCUCGAUCGAUAUACCGGUUCGGGAUUUAUAUCAUCGAAUAUGUAUCAACAUGGAUUUUACAGCUCCAUGAUCAAGCUUCCCGCCGAUUAUACCGCCGGUGUAGUUGUCGCCUUUUAUACAUCGAACGGAGAUGUUUUUGAGAAAACACACGACGAGUUAGACAUAGAGUUUCUAGGGAACAUAAAAGGAAAACCAUGGAGGUUUCAGACAAAUCUGUACGGAAAUGGAAGUACACAUAGAGGUCGUGAAGAAAGAUAUCGUCUCUGGUUCGAUCCUUCUAAAGAGUUUCAUCGUUACAGCAUUCUCUGGACUCCUCACAAAAUCAUAUUUUGGGUCGACGAUGUUCCGAUUAGAGAAGUGAUAAGAAGCGAUGCAAUGGGAGCCGAUUAUCCGGCGAAGCCAAUGUCUCUUUACGCCACCAUUUGGGAUGCUUCCGAUUGGGCUACUUCUGGCGGCAAAUACAAAGCAAAUUACAAAUUUGCCCCUUUCGUCGCCGAAUUCAAAUCAUUCUCUCUCGACGGUUGCUCCGUCGAUCCAAUCCAAGAAGUCCCCACCGAUUGCUCUGAUUCUGUCGAGUUUCUUGAAUCUCAAGAUUACUCUUCCAUCAAUUCCCGACAACGAGCUGCCAUGAGAAAAUUCCGACAACGGUUUAUGUAUUAUUCUUAUUGUUAUGACACGGUUAGGUAUCCCUCGCCGUUGCCGGAAUGUGUGAUUGUUCCGGCGGAGAAAGAUAGGUUUAAGGAAACGGGAAGGUUGAAAUUCGGUGGUACGGAGGCUCGUGGACGACGGAAGAAUCGCCGGCAACAAAGACCGGAGAUUGAGAGUGAUCCUGACGAAAGAAAACUUUUAUAA